AUGACUGCAAUGAUGGCUGAUGGACAAGUUACAAAGGUUGAUUCUAUAAAAGUGCAGAGUGAGAACGAUCUUUUUGGGUACUAUAGUUACAUGUACUUAACAUGGGAUGAUUUUGAAGCAGUUCUUACAAUGGAUGAGCCGACUGGUGUUGUUAUUGUGUCUUAUAUGAUGGUGUUGUUUAACAAAAUGAAGUAUGGCUCCCCAGAAAGAGAUCAUGGAAUUUGCUUUGUGAACCCGACAUUAAUCUCGCCAAGUACGCGUAAAGGGAAAUCUAAGAAUAUUGACGAUGCAAGCAGAGACAUGAAAUUGGAUAAUUGCUAUUAUCUUGAUUCCUUGAGUUCUGGCAAUUUCAAUAUGCAGUUGAAGCAAAUUGUUGAUUCGGCAAUGGUUCUAUACGCUACACAAAGUGGAUCCAACAAAAGGGUUAAACUAAAUUGGGUUAAUGUUACGUGUCCAGUUCAGCCCGGAGCUACCGAAUGUGGCUACUACAUGCUAAGGUUCAUGAAGGAGAUAGUGGAAGAAGGAAUUGAAGUGUUGGUCAAAGACAAUAUCGGGGAUGGCAAAGUUGAGUACACAACUGAUGAUAUCGAUGAGAUACGUGAAGAAUGGUCAGAGUUUGUUACAUGCUUCAUUUAUCGAUGA